AUGGAGAAGCUUGGCACAGAUAUCGUGGAAAACAUACUUCGUCGAUUACCAUUUGAGACAGCUUUAGAAGCCAAACUGGUAUGCAAAACAUGGAGGAUUCUCCUUCUCAGAAAGGUAGGUUUUCUUGUCACUUUCUUACAUAGUGAUAUAAAGAAAGACAAACUUUGUUAUAGUGAUCUGUAUGAUCAUAUUCGUGGAAAGAUGAGCUACAAAUACUCUUAUCAUAGACAUGAUAAGAUGCAUGGAAAGUUUUUUCUGGGUUACGGGUACUUAGAAAACAUGCUUGGGUCAUGCAAUGGUUUGGUUUGUUUCGAAAGACGAUGUUUGUAUCUUGGCGAACCUUUCUUAAUUUGCAAUCCCUUCACGGGAGAAGUAGUUUAUGUUCCUGAACCCCAAUCUGUAAAACGAGGUUGGGGUCCGACUAACAUUAGUGGGUUUGGUUACUGUCUUUCAAUAAACGAGUACAAGAUUGUUAGAAUGUACUCGGACUACAUAGACCCAAAGAAGUACCAUGUCCAAGUUUAUACUGUCAGAAGUGAUGAGUGGAGAAACAUAGGAUCCAUCAACAUUGCCCCAUGCUAUCCAGCAGGUACAUACGCAAACGGCCUUCUUUAUUGGCUGCACCGACAUAAUAGUAACCAGCUGAAUGAAGAUUAUAUGAUUGUAGCUUUCGACUUGGAAAAAGAGAAUUUUCAGUUUAUCCCAUUGCCACGUUUUAAAGACGUUAAAUGCAAAUAUCACCUCAAGUUGCUGGGAGGGAAUAACCUGUAUUUGGUUUGUACAAUCUAUGAUAAACUUUACUGCACGGAUAUUUGGGCGUGUAGGAGAAAACAUAUCAACACCGCCUGUAAAACGAAGGGAAGCUACAAUUACAAUCAUUCGUGGCAUUGGAUCAAGGAAUUCACUAUAGCCUGGGAAGAGCAGUACUGGAGAUAUCUGCAGUAUUUUGAGUCAUUGGCUAUUACAAGGAACAAUCAAUUUCUAUUGCGUUACAGUUCCACGACUCUUUUAUUUUAUGACCUUGAAACCUCGACUUUGAACACACUUCUAGAUGGUUCUGGCAAGGGCUGCAACAUGAUAAAUAUAAUUCCUCACACAAACAGCACCAUUUUAAUUGAAGGAUCUAGAAGACAAUCGUGA